AUAUUCAACGGGGACUUCGUUGACCGCGGGUCCUUCUCGGUCGAGGUCAUCCUCACGCUCUUCGGCUUCAAGCUCCUCUACCCCGAUCACUUCCACCUGCUCCGAGGGAACCACGAGACGGACAACAUGAACCAGAUCUACGGUUUCGAGGGGGAGGUGAAGGCCAAGUACACGGCGCAGAUGUUCGCCCUCUUCAGCGAGGUCUUCGAGUGGCUCCCGCUGGCCCAGUGCAUCAACGGCAAAGUCCUGAUCAUGCACGGGGGGCUCUUCAGCGAGGAUGGCGUCACCCUCGAUGACAUCCGCAAGAUCGAGAGGAACCGCCAACCCCCGGACUCAGGUCCCAUGUGUGACCUGCUCUGGUCCGACCCACAACCUCAGAACGGCCGUUCCGUCAGCAAACGUGGGGUCAGCUGCCAGUUCGGUCCUGAUGUCACCAAGAGCUUCCUGGAACGCAACCGCCUCGAUUACAUCAUCAGGAGCCACGAGGUGAAGCCCGAGGGCUACGAGGUGGCCCACGACGGCAAGUGUGUCACCGUCUUCUCCGCCCCCAACUACUG